AUGAAUGAAAGUUUUUCAAAACAUAUUCAACCUGCAACAGAACAAAAUUUAAAAGAAAUUGAAGCUGAUGAUCUUCUAUUAAAACAAUUAAAAUCUGAAUUAGAACAACGAUAUACAGCUCUUGAAGAAUUACAACAAAAUGAAAAAAAAUAUGAUCAACAAGAAGUUGAAAAAGAAUUAGAAAUACUUGAAAAAUUACAAUGUAAAUAUAAUAAAAUUGAAGCUAAAAGAAAAAGACUUGCCAAACAAAAUUAUGAACAAAUUUCAAAAUUUGUUGAUGCAUAUGAAACUGGUCUAAGUGCAUUAAAAAGUGAUGUUAAUGAUAGAAGUGUAUUAGCAACAACAAACGAACAUAAUGAUUCAUUGACAAGAUUAAAUACAUUUCAAAGUACUUAA